UCCUGACAACUAUUUACUUGAAACCGUUGAUUCGUCGGGGCAGGAUGGAUCCUGGAGUUGAAUCAGUUACGGGAGUCGUUUUCUGAGGCCGUCGCAGAGAGGAAAACCGAAGAGGGGAGACCUGGGUUCCCUUGUUGGAUUUUUAAAAUUGCAUUUAUUUUGGCGGUUGCGGAUUAUUAACCAAGAUUCAGGAAGUUGACCUUUACUAUGGGUCCUUUCCGAAAAGAAUUCUUGAUCUUGGGUUACCUCCUUGCAGGGUCAUGCAUAAUCUCUUGCCAGUCUUUGCUUCCCAUUAUUCUUCCAAAUGAAGAGGAAAUGGUUGUGCAGCUGAAUGCCCCCUUCACUCUGAAAUGUUCUGGAGACAGUGAAGUGAGCUGGCAGCAUCCAGUCCCAGAAGGCAACCAUUCUAUAAUCAUCAGAAAUGAAGAGAACAACAGUGGCCUUUUUGUGACUGUCCUUGAAGUGGCAAACGCUUCGGCUUCUCUCACUGGAUUAUACAUUUGUUAUUAUAAUCAUUCUCAAGAAGAAGAUGGGGAGGUUGAGGGGAGAGAGAUCUACGUCUAUGUGCCAGAUCCAGCUGUUCCCUUUGUUCCAACCUCCCCGGAAGAUUUGUUCAUUGUUGUCAGUGAGGAAGACAAUUCUUCAAUUAUCCCAUGUCGCACAACUGAUCCUAAAGCUCAAGUCACUCUAAUGAACAGUGAAGGAAAAGUCCCAUAUGCCUCUUAUGACAAUAGGCUCGGCUUCAUCGGAAACUUCUCUUCAGGGUCCUAUAUUUGCAAGACCACUGUCAAAGCAGUAGAAUUCGAGUCUGGUGAAUUUUUCAUCUAUGUUUACAAAGCUCCAUCAUACCUUCAUGUUGAAAUUGAGUCCCUCAAGACUGUGUAUAAAACAGGAGAAACCAUUACUGUUACUUGUGUGGUCUUGGAUAAUGAAGUGGUGAACUUGGAGUGGAAUUAUCCAGGGAAAGCGAAGAAUAAAGGAAUAAUCACCCUUGAAGACAUCAAGGUUCCAGCCCAGAAGCUGAUUUAUAAUUUAACCAUUCCAGAUGCAUCAGUGAAAGACAGUGGAGAUUAUGAAUGUUCUGUUCGACAUGUGACCAAAGAUUUUAAGAAAACUGAGAGAAUAGUCAUCUAUGUUCAUGAUAAAGGAUUCAUUCAUUUGGAACCCCAUUUCAAGCCCACAGAAGCUGUCAAUCUACAUGAAGUUAAAAACUUUGUAAUUCAUGUUUAUGCAUACCCAGAGCCAAAACUGUUUUGGCUGAAAGACAAUGUCACUCUGAUGGAGAAUCUCACAGAGAUUGUCACCAGUUCCAAGCAAAUCCAAGAAACGAGAUAUCAGAGUAUAUUAAAAUUAAUUCGUGCCAAGGAAGAAGACAGUGGAUACUAUACACUCGUAGCACAGAAUGAAGAUGAAAUUCAAAGAUACACUUUCUCUCUGCUCAUACAAGUUCCAGCUUUAAUUCGAGACCUGGUAGAUAAUCACCAUGGCUCUGCUGGGCAGACAGUAAAAUGUUUGGCAGAAGGGACACCCCUCCCCGAUGUGGAAUGGCUGGUUUGCAAGGACAUUAAAAAAUGCAACAAUGAUACCUCAUGGACUCUCCUGACCAACAAUAUCUCUGAUGUUACGGUGGAGACUUACCUUGAUGAGAGAAACAUGGUAGCCAGCCAGGUGACUUUUCAAAAGGUGGAAGAAAUAAUGGCUGUUCGAUGUAUGGCAAAGAAUGACCUCCGUACUGUUACAAGGGAACUAAAGCUUGUGGCUCCUACAUUAAGAUCGGAACUAACUGUGGCAGCUGCUGUCCUGGUACUCCUUGUGAUUGUCAUAAUUGCAUUGAUCGUCCUGGUAAUCAUAUGGAAACAGAAACCCAGAUAUGAGAUCAGAUGGCGAGUCAUUGAGUCCAUUAGUCCUGAUGGCCAUGAAUACAUCUACGUGGAUCCAAUGCAACUGCCCUAUGACUCAAGAUGGGAAUUUCCUAGAGAUGGAUUAGUGUUAGGCCGAAUCCUUGGUUCUGGAGCUUUUGGGAAAGUAGUUGAAGGAACUGCAUAUGGAUUAAGCCGGUCACAACCAGUGAUGAAAGUAGCUGUGAAAAUGCUGAAACCAACUGCAAGAUCCAGUGAAAAGCAGGCUCUCAUGUCUGAAUUAAAGAUAAUGACUCAUCUCGGUCCCCACUUGAACAUAGUCAACCUUUUAGGAGCUUGCACAAAAUCAGGCCCAAUAUACAUCAUAACAGAAUACUGCUUUUAUGGAGACUUGGUGAACUACCUGCAUAAAAAUAGGGAUAACUUUCUGAGCCGACAUCCUGAAAAGGCCAAGAAGGACCUGGACAUCUUUGGUAUGAACUCUGCAGAUGAAAACACUAGAAGCUAUGUCAUCCUGUCCUUUGAAAAUAACGGCGAAUAUAUGGAUAUGAAACAAGCAGAGACAACUCAGUAUGUGCCCAUGUUAGAAAGAAAAGACAGGUCAAAAUACUCUGACAUCCAAAGAUCUUUGUAUGAUCGCCCUGCUUCAUAUAAGAAAAAAUAUGUGUUGGAUGUUAAGAACCUCCUUUCUGAUGAUAAUUCAGAAGGCCUCAGUCUGUUGGAUCUGCUGAGCUUCACAUACCAGGUGGCACGAGGAAUGGAGUUCCUGGCUUCAAAAAAUUGUGUACACCGUGAUCUAGCAGCACGAAAUGUCCUCCUAGCUCAAGGGAAAAUUGUGAAGAUCUGUGACUUUGGGCUUGCAAGAGACAUCAUGCAUGAUUCAAACUAUGUAUCCAAAGGCAGUACCUUUCUUCCAGUGAAAUGGAUGGCACCUGAAAGCAUUUUUGACAACCUGUACACUACAUUAAGCGAUGUCUGGUCCUAUGGCAUUCUGUUGUGGGAAAUAUUUUCUCUUGGUGGCACCCCAUACCCAGGCAUGAUGGUUGACUCUACCUUCUAUAAUAAAAUAAAAAGUGGCUAUCGGAUGGCAAAACCAGAUCAUGCUACCUCUGAGGUGUAUGACAUCAUGGUGAAAUGCUGGAAUAGUGAACCUGAAAAGAGACCUUCUUUUUACCACUUGAGUGAAAUAGUUGAGAAUUUGUUGCCUGGUGAAUACAAGAAGAGUUAUGAUAGAAUUCACUUGGAUUUCUUAAAGAGUGACCAUCCUGCUGUCACACGCAUGAGAGUGGACUGUGACAAUGCAUAUAUUGGUGUCACUUACAAGAAUGAGGACAAACUGAAAGACAGGGAGAGUGGAUUUGAUGAACAAAGACUCAGUGCAGACAGUGGCUACAUAAUUCCACUGCCUGAUAUUGACCCUGUAUCAGAAGAUGAACUUGGGAAAAGGAACAGGCACAGUUCUCAGACAUCUGAGGAAAGUGCCAUUGAAACCGGAUCCAGCAGUUCUACAUUUGUGAAGCGAGAAGGUGAAACCAUUGACGACAUUGACAUUAUUGAUGAUAUCGGAAUGGAUUCCUCAGAACUAGUUGAGGACAGCUUCCUGUAACUCUGGAAGAUUGAGUGGACAUCUUUUGAGCUAUGUCACAAACAAAAAAAGGGAAGCUCAAGAUAUAACUCAUGGACUUCCAAUUCUGUAAGGAAAACCACUUCAAAGCAGAUGGUAAAGACCUGUCAAUGCCUCAUGUCUCAGCAAGUGGCCUCAGAAUCUCCCUUGGUCAAUGAAAGACUUCGAGAAGCCAGUUUUCAAGCAUCAUUCCUUGAAGUACUUCGACAGCAUCUCAAUAUCAUUUGCCAUUUCAGUCGAUGGAGGAAUAAAGGAAAAGGCCAUGGACAGUUCAAUUUGUGUUUCAAGGGCAUUCAUAACUCAGAUGGAUAACAUUUCUACCAUGGUGAAUCAUUGUCAGUGUGACUGUGUAAAUACCUAUUCCUAUCAGGAUAUUUUAUGGAUUUUUUAAAAAGAAGACCACUUAAGAUUUUGGCAUAUUUACUUCCUUAGGUUUAUAUAAGCUGCUGGUGGAUUAUCACCUGAGAUGAAUUACAUAUCAAAAAGAAACCACUUUUGAAAAGCAUGAAAUGGAUUAACACUAAGUAAUGUUUUAUUUUUACAGAUAAUGCAAGCAAAAGGGAAUGAUAGGUAUUUCCAAAAUGUAUUCAAUCGUUUAUUAAAUCAAAUGAGAUUUUUCAUAACCUAGAGGAAUAGUCCUUUAUCUACUGUUCUCAGUAUUACUAAGUAUAGUUUAUAACUACUUCUUGUCCUUUGUUAAAACACAGUACUUAAGUCAUUACUAACAAACUAAAUCAUUUUAGGGUUUAAAUAUUUACACAAAAAUCUCUUCUGUUUGACUGUUUUGGUGAAUUAAACCUAGUUUAGGAAAUAGGACUAGCAAAUGUUUUCUAAGGCAUCCAGAUGUAAUUUUCCAUCCUUGGGAGAAGAGCUUUUUUAAUACAGUGGGUUGAUAUGCUAGCGGAGCUUCACUAGCAGAAUUGAUUCUGCAAAAUAUAGAAAUUUGAAAUGUAUUUUUAAUAAAUUUACAACCAAGCUUCUCAAAUUAUUGUAUAAUAGAUAUAGGUGAUCAAUCAGUAAGGCUGCUUGGAGCAUUGAAGAAUUAUGGUGCACAUUCGAAAGGGUUUUUUUGGGUGUACAAGUGACUGGUUAGGUUGGAUACACCAAUUGCCUUUCUGAAAAAGCUUCUUUCUGAGCCUGAAAUUUCCAAUUAAGUAUGUAGCUACUUUGUGCAAAAAUGUAGGGGUUUUUUUUGUUGUUGUUCUAAACAAAUUUUCCUUAAAAAUUAGUAUGGUUUGUUUUUUUUUGCAAUUACUCCAAUGGGCAUUGAAUUAAGAGUAAAACCUUUCCUUGCAUUACACUUAAAACACAGGUCUGCCUAAUUCCUGUACAUUUAGUGGGAAAAGUAUGUCAUUACAAUUGUAAAAUGUCAAUCAGGUAGCAUAAACUCUUUUUUUAUAUAUUCUGAAAUAAGUUUAAUAUUAUUCCUUUCUUAAUUUGCAUUCUUAAUAUGUGUGAUAGAGUGUCAAAUUAUUUUAUGAUUUAUAGUGGAAUCCUGUUUAUGCCUACUUAAAAGUAAGCCCCAAUAAGUUUUGUGGCUUACUUCCAGAUCAGUGUGUAUAGGAUUGUAGCUUUUAGGCUGUGAUUUUGUCACAGAAUCUAUGGAAAUCAUAAACUGGAAUCAGUCUGUACAAAUAAAGGCUGGGAGCAUAUGGUGCACAAGAAGAAAUUCCAUAACUUUAAUUAUCAAAAAUCCAGUCAUGAUUCCUGCAAAGAGAAAUAUAAGAAGGCAAACUUGCUUAGAAAAUCUGCUCUUGGUUCCAAAAGCCAAGUUGUGUGGGUAUCUAUAUGUGCAACUUGCUGAAGUUGCUCAACAGUGAAAGCAAAGAAACCUGGCAUGUUUUGAGAGGCAUUUGGCAUAUAAUUACACUCACUGCAAGGCUCCAAACCAGUAGUUGGAGCAGAGACUUGGCAUUAAGAAAAUCUUGCAUAUGUGCCAAUGUGAAGGCCUGAUGGAUCUCCUGUGAAGUCUGUGUUCCCUAGGUACCCUUAAACAUAUUGCAAAGGCCCCAGAGUGGUGAUCACUUGGAGCAAUACGUCAAUAGUUUCUCUGGCCAGAAUUUAUGAAAGUUGAAGACCAGAAUAUAAAGAAGGCACUGAGUUGGCAGAGGCUGUCUUAGAGACAGUAUUGUGUUAAUGCUAAGCUUUGUAUUUGAUCACAGUGGCUGAGAAACACCCAAUCAGAUUAAUCUACAAUGUGAAUCAGUGCUUUGGGCUGGCCCACUGAUGAUUCAGCAUCACACCUACUCACUUGAGGCUGAAUAUUACAUGAAAUGCCAAGUGAUGCUUCAGUGGGAUAAGCAGUCUCUUCAAACACCAAGCAUGAUUCAGCCAACGUUAAGUUCUUGAAAGAUGUUGAUUUCAAUAGGGGAUAGUAGCAUGCAUGCUGAAGGGUGUCCCAUGGAAAUCAAAGAGGUUUCAAUGUGCUUUUCUAUGGCUGAUGUAAUGGUAAAUAUUCCUUUGUGUAUCUGGAUAUGCCCAAUAUCAUUAUACCAAAUAAGUAAACCCAGACUUUCUAGUGACCUAGCACUGGCAUUUGUCUCUUGAUUCUGAUUAAUUACAAGUGGGCUGAGACAAGAUGGAGAGCCCAAAUAUCUUAUUAGCAUGUGCAUUCAUCAAGUGAUUUCGCAUGCAUUACUGCACAUAGUUGCAUCCUGAGCAGAAAAGUGGGAUAGAAAUUCUAUAAAUGAUAAAAAUAUGGUUUGGGUCUUUUUAUGUUCCACAGACCUUCAUGUUUCACGGAGCAUUAAACGGGCUGCAAUAUUCUUGCCUUGUUAAUGGUAAUAGUCUUGCCUUUCUUUUUUAUCUCACAAAAUGUGCCCUAAUCCAAAAGGUGCGUAGUUUGCUAUUUUGUGGACAGAUCACAUUGCUCUCACAUCCUAUGAGGUAGCACCUGGCCUACAUGGGCUCAGAAGCUGCACUGGGUCAGACCUGGUUAAUACGUGGAUGGGAGGCUACCAUAAAAUACUAGGGUUGUAGGAUAGAUUUGGAAGUAAAAAAAGAAAAGAAAAGAACCUGAAGAAGCCAAUGGUGAACUAGUUCUGUGCUGUUGCCAGAAAGCUACACAUUAUGUGUCUGUGUUGAUAUUAAUUCCUUUCUGCAUUACAGCGCAAAUGGGAAUGUAUACUGUUGUCUGCUCUCUCUUGCUAGCCAUGCCUAACACCUCUUGGCAAUACUUGUUAUGGGAUCAAGAUCUAGAUAUGGACCAAAAUCUUUCUUAUCUUUACAAUCUUCUGAAAAUUAUAGCUUCAAACACUGCAAUGGACUGCACAUUCAAAAGACCUUAAGUCAACCUUAAUCCAAGAGCUACUUUUUGCAGUUAGAUUGCAAUCCUAUGCCCUUCUAUGUGAGAGUAGACUCCAUAGAAUUAAAUUGAGCUAUUUUUUAAUAGAUGUGUUUAGGAUUGCAUUGGAUUUUAGUACUGUAGUAACUGAUGAAAAAUCAUGCCUACUAUUUUCUACAUUAUGGCUCAGUUUCAAGAAGCUUUUAGAAAAAAAUGCCCAGUUUCUAUCUGUUCCAUAUUUAUAUGACAAUCAAAUCUGCCUGUGAAACACAACUUUCUCAGUUUGAAUGGCUUACCUAUUCCUUAAGAUGUUGUCUGCAAUUAUACAAAACAGUCCUAUGAUAUAAUGAAGGACAUAAGAUAAGGUGAUGUUAUACAUCAAUAUGUAUAUAUGUAUUUUUAUAUCAAUUUUGAGGAGUACUGCCAAAACAUUUAUGACAAGCUGUAUCACUGCCUUUGUUAAUAUUUUUUUACUGUGAUAUACUCCACAGGCACGCAAACUGUUGCACUUUUAAAUGUCCAAAAUUUGUAUUUUAGAAUGAUAAAAGCGCAUAAGAGUGUUCAGGAUGGUAGUAUUGGGAAAUGUUUGGGAAGAAGAAGCUGGAAGAGUGACUAAAGGUACAAAAUGUAAUACAAAUGCCCCUUUUCUUAUUUUUGUCUUUAAAAACAUGUAAAUUAAGAUCUUUAUAUUUCAAUAAAUGAUAUAUAAUUUAAAGAUA